AUGCCAGAGCAGGACUCGUUGGGCUCACCCGCGCCUGCGUCCUUCAAGGGCCGCCUUCAGCUCGACAGCUUCAAGUACAGUGGCCCUGAGACGCGGCUCCUGCGGCGGAGUCCACGACACAGCGCAUCGGCCUCCGCCGCACCCUCUCCUUCGCCUGGCCGUUCACCGUCUCAUCGCGCGAGCUCGACAAGCUCCCGCAAGAGGUCUCGCAGCAGCCCCUCAUCACGAGAGGCACUGCCGACGUCAUCGGAGUCGCCGUCCACUGACUCCCGGAGCCCGAGCCAGAGCACCACCGGGGGCAGUGGCAGCAAGCGCAAGCGCGCGAGCACCGGCUACGCGCCGCCCUCGACCUACGCCCACCUCCCGCACCUCCCCGACGCCAUCCUGCCCAACCUCAUCGUGCUCUUCGUCGGGCUCAACCCGGGCGUCCAGACGGCCCGCACGGGGCACGCCUACGCCCACCCCUCGAACCUUUUCUGGAAGCUGCUCUUCUCCAGCGGCAUCACCCCGCGGCCCUGCCGCGCUGAUGAGGACCGCCAGAUGCCCGCUCUCUACGCCCUCGGCAACACAAACAUCGUCGCCCGCCCCAGCCGCAACGGCUCCGAGCUGAGCAAGCAGGAGAUGGACGACGGCGUCGCCGCCCUUGAGGACAAGGCUCGCAAGUGGCGGCCCGAGUGCAUGUGCAUCGUCGGCAAGAGCAUCUGGGAGAGCAUUUGGCGCGUCAGGCACGGUGGCAGCAAGGUAGGCGGGGCGUUUAAAUACGGGUGGCAGGACGAGAGCGAGAACAUGGGCGUCAUCGACGGGGAGUGGUCCGGCGCAAAGGUGUUUGUGGCGACCAGCACGAGCGGGCUCGCCGCGUCGCUGUCCCCCGCGGAAAAGCAGGCGAUCUGGAACGAACUUGGCUCGUGGGUCAAGAAGAGGAGAGCUGAGCGCGAGGCCGAGGCGGGCACAGACACGGCAACGACUGAACAAGUCUCUGCGUGA